CAUUUGUUUAUCAUUGAAUUUGUAAUGGAGGACUUGAUGGAGUGGUGUCUGUUUUUUCUAAUAAAAAAAGACAACUUCUAACAACCAAAUCAUGGAAUUUUAUUGGUUUUCCAGAACAAGUACAAAGGGAAAACUAUGAAAGCGAUGUUAUCAUUGGUAUAAUUGAUUCUAGAGUUUAGCCAGAAUUUAAAAGUUUCAAUGAUAUCUGCUUCGCUCAAGGGCUCUUGGAGAUUUGAUAUCUGCUUCCCUAUUAUCUAUAGUGGAGAUGCACCCAAUACAAUAGCAGGCUUCAAUCGGCUCACAUCCAAGAAUUGCUCAGCCAACUCAUUGAAUGAUUUCACAUUCGCUUAUCCAUUGCCAACAUGUUAUCUUCAAUCAAAGGAUGCCAACAAAAUACAAAAGUACAUACACUCAUCAAGCUUUCCAACUGCAACCAUAUAUAAAUCUAGUGAGGUAAAAUAUAUUUUGGCACCAGUAGUUGCCUCUUUCUCAUUUCUCAUCAAGGGGUCCUAACAAUGCUACAUCUGAUAUU